AAAGAAACCAGUGUGUCCCCCAUCGCUCUGUGGUGCACAACAGUCCUGAAUAAACCAGUCAGUUCUUUCAACGCCGCUGAUGAUCACCUGACUGUCAACACUUUGUAGGGGAAGCGCAUGUAGUCUCCAAAUGCCAAGUAUCUACAGUGACACUGUGGAAGGGAGGGGGAGGACUGGAGCUGAGCAGUGAGCAAUAGUUCACUAGAUGUGGGAUACAGAGUGGGAUCUGCAGCAGAACGAGAUCAGAUAGCAGAUAUAGUCAGAAAGUGUGAGACACGUGGAAGAAGAGAGACUGCCGACUCUCCCAAGACUCUAAAAUAAGCUGUGAAGAAUUGACUUUUUUGAUUGGACUGGACUCAACAGGCCACGUGACCACUACAUUCAUUUGAUUUGGGAUGGCUGUGAUCGAGGUGCCGUUCUGUUUUUGAAGAUCACAAUUACAACUUCCCUGCUUCACGAAAACCAUUUUGUUAUUUCUGGUCUGUUCCCGAUCAACUGGAUAUCAAUCCGGGGGUGACCCUGGAGUAUUUCAGAGCACGAGUGAUUGCUCUCCUCAUUCAGUGGAGAAAGAGAUGAAGACACUCUGUGGCUAUUUACUUUUCUACCUCAGGAGGAUAGAAGAAGAGAAGAACUGAAGGAAGCCAAACAUGAAGCAGCUUGGCUAAAAAGCUUGGAGAUUUGGAAGAAAAGGAAAGUUGGAAAUCAGUGUUUUCUUGCGAAUAAGCAACCUUUACAGUGCUGGGCACUUCCCCUGAGCCUGAUCAGUUUUGUAUGAGCCAGGCUGAUAGCGUGAAGCCCUGUGGCUGUGCUCCACUGAGGCAUGAGUGUGGGAAGAGCCCACCACCACCACAGCUUCUUGUCCUGUGAAGAAGAAGGCUUUAGACUGAGCACUAUGCCUGCUGUGGGCAGUUUUGGCAAUGGAAAGAUCCACACACGACGCAAACAGCACAGCCGGUUUGUCGGCAAGACCGGCCAAUGCAACAUCCAGUUCGCAAACAUGGAUGAGAAGUCACAGCGGUACAUAUCUGACAUUUUCACUACUUGCGUGGACAUCCGCUGGCGAUACAUGUUCCUGCUGUUCAGCUUGGUGUUUGUGGUGUCCUGGUUAAUGUUUGGCUUUGCGUUCUGGGUCAUUGGCCUGCUCCAUGGUGACACGGACAGUCAAGGAAGGGACGAGAGUUUUGUUCCUUGUGUCAUGAACGUUCACACCUUUGUGGCAGCCUUCCUGUUCUCCGUUGAGACCCAAACAACCAUUGGGUACGGAGCUCGCUUUGUCACAGAGGAAUGCCCAGCAGCUGUCUUCAUGGUGGUCUUUCAGUCUAUUAUGGGGUGCAUCAUUGAUGCCUUUAUGAUUGGCGCCAUCAUGGCAAAGAUGGCAAGGCCCAAAAAGCGUGCAGAGACGCUACUUUUCAGCCACAAUGCAGUAAUCGCUAUGCGUGAUGGGAAGCUGUGCCUCAUGUUCAGAGUUGCAAACCUAAGGAAGAGCCACAUCGUGGAAGCUCACGUGAGAGCCCAGCUGGUGAAGCCCCGCUACACAGAGGAAGGAGAGUACAUCCCCCUGGAUCAGAUCGACAUGAACGUCGGAUACGACAAAGGCACGGACCGCCUGUUUCUGGUUGCCCCGCUCACCGUCAUACACGAAAUUGAUGAAGAAAGUCCACUCUUUGGCAUCAGCAAACAAGAUCUCGAAGCAGCCGACUUUGAGAUAGUAAUUAUACUUGAAGGGCUGGUGGAGGCCACAGCCAUGACAACGCAAGCACGCAGCUCGUACCUGCCCUCGGAGAUCCUGUGGGGUCACCGCUUCGAGCCCGUCAUUUUCGAGGAGAAGAACCAGUACAGGAUAGAUUACGCCUACUUUCACAAAACAUUCGAAGUACCAUCCACCCCCAGGUGCAGCGCCAAAGACAUGGAGGAGAGAAAAUUCCCAACUUCUGGCGCCAACUCUUUCUGCUAUGAGAAUGAGCUGGCCUUCAUCAGCAGGGAUGAGGAGGACAAGGGAGACAUGGAGAAAGAGCAGGGCAGAGAGUGUCCAUCUGAGUUAGUGAAUGAGUCGACAUUUACCGAACACGAAACGCUCUCUGGUAGAGAAUCUGUGAUUUAACCUUUGUCUGGUGCUUGUUUUGAGCAUCGCCACAUGAAGUGACCUAUGACUGUCAUCCUGCUGAUAUGAGGACACCGCUGAGGCAGGAGGAGGACCAGCGGUACAGAGUAGUGAAGCUCAUCCGUGGACGUUUUAGGCUCUCCAGAGAUGAUCACUGACUUUUAUGAAACACAGCUGUCAUGUUACAAUUGCAGAAGCUCCUAGUAAUAAAAUGCAUGACAAUAGCAUAGUUUUGUAUAACUAUUUUGAGAAAUAUUUCCCAGUCAUGGCAGGACUAUCUGUAGGUUCCUCAAAUUUGCAGCGACGUGUGCAGUGAACUUGACUGAACUUGAAGUUAUUGUUUAGGAAACUAGACCUGGCGAAUACUUCUCCAAGCUCAACUGAUAAAAACUAAAGUGUAAAUCAAAAGUGGAUGAGAGACAGAUUUUCAUCCUAAGCAAACUUCUUUGAAUGACAACAAUAUUAAAUGCUCUUCAUUAAACACCGGCAGCGACUGACUUGGCUGGUCAGCACAAACGCAGUUAUGAGCGCAAGACAAGGUAGAGUUAUACAUAUUUCUAUCACAAAAAGGGGAAAUAAAUUAUGUCACAUCAUUUGUAAGUUUUGUAUAUAGCAGGGAAAACUAUUCAUCUCUGUUUAUUUCAGCCAGUGACAAAUGUUGGAACUCUCAAUUUUCAUUUGAAUUACUUGCAGUUUACUCGAAACUCAGCGGCAUUACGAGUAGGAGUGGGACAAAAUAUGGAUAAGGCAAUAUCUUGUAUAGCUUUCCUGUACAGCUUGUUACAUUGCUGGAAAUUAUGAUAAUCUUGGAGCCCCAAACUGAUUCCCCUGCUAGUUUGAUUUACCAGGGACACCAAGCCAUGACCUUAUAGUGUGUAUUAAAUUAAAGUUAUUGCAAGAAGCUUACACGGAGAAAGUGGUGCUGGACAGCAGGGGAAAGCAAAUGACUGGGAUAAUUAAUUGAAUUUAGAAAUGUUUAUAAAAUCAAUUAUUCUUAUUAUGUACUGUAUAUUAUAAUAUUGACACAUAGAAACAAACUAACACCACAUUACAGUGAAUAAACACAUGGUUCCUUUUCCCUUUUUGGUUAUUUUCCUUUUAGCACAGAUAUUGAACUGUCUUACCCUGUAUUAAGUAUUCCAAGUAUGCUGUAACCUGAUAUCACUUGUUUUCAUUGCUAAUAUACCAUUGAAGAACUAGUUUGCUCACUUCUGUUGGUAACUAUUACUAUCAUUGUCAAACUUCCCACUGGUACUGCACACAUUAUGCAGUUUAUUCUCAUAAUAGAAGCUCCAAGCAAAGGCUCCUUAAUUAGAGAUUCCCGAUAAACAGGAUCAGCUUUUCCAGGUUGGGACUAUCGGUUUUGUCUGGCUAAUGAUUUUAUCUGCUCUGCCUAGCUGCUUAAUCAAGGUAUUGUUAGUUUCGCGAUCUGGCUGAAAAGGCUGUGUCCGGCUGACUUUGUGAAGUCUUUAAAACAAGGGUUCUUAAAUAUAGAAGUUCUUGUGACUAUCAUGAUACAAAGACUAAGGCUAAAAGCCUCAAGCCCAAAACGUGCACUCUCACAAGUUGCAGAACCAGUGCAUAAAACCUUCUAAUAAAGAAAGUGCAUUGAUCUUGUACAUAAAUAGGUAUUUGUAACACUCAAAUUCUAGGUCUGAGCAACAGAAAGCUAUGAGAAAAAGAUCACUUGAGGGAAUUAUUAGACAAACACUUAAAUCAGAAGGAAACAAUCCCAGCUACAGUAUUUUGUGCUUAAAAGUUGGGGGGUGGGAGGGACAGAGUCCAACUUGCAAAAUGGAUACAAAACACAGUCCUGAAUGCUUGAAAAGAAGGCAGCUGGACUCCUCUAAGCUCCUGAGAACAUUUUGCCAACCAUCCAAGAGGCUUCUUCAGUUUUAAAACAAGUGGUGGAGAAUCUCAGGUAUCUAACCCCUAGUAUGGCUGUGCCCUUGGAGGUGGUCCUGUGGGUAGUAUUAAUCACAUGACAAGAGCCAAGGUGUGAAAAAAGGCAUGAAACUUCAUCUCCCACUAUCAUGUGAACCGUCUUGAUGAAUGCUUGAAGAUGAAAUAGUUCAUCUGGAAGUUUUCACUUGGCAUCUCAUAACUCAUCCAAGUGAAUUUUCAGUUCUUACCUGACGGCAGAUUUCUCAGACUUUAUAAACAAAUAACUUUCAUAAUAACCAAAAGUAGCUCAAUGUCAUGACCACUGAUCAAUGGCUGUGAGUAUAAAUUUGAAGAGAGUUGAUUGUUGAGAGGAGAAACAUCUUCACAAACCUUAAAA